AUGGCAUCUGUCAUUCGAGAGGCCCCCUUUGGGCAAAUAGUUCGAUAUCUGACCAACAACAAAUAUUUCCAAUAUCCCGAAGAAAAGCCCGACUUCAAACUUCCCGACACAUGGCUUCAAUUAUUGAACGAAUCGGACGCCACAACGAUACCGGAUCCCGAGAAAUCAGAGCCGCAGGAAGAUCCACGAGGCUACGAAGCAACCAGCGAAGCUAUUAGUCGCGCAUCAACCCAAAAUUCCUUGCCCUUCACAGAAGCUCGCCUCGAAGCGGAUGAGCAGCAUGAAAUUGAAAAGAUCAAGUCCAUUCCUAUUCAGCCCAAAAAGACUAAGGAUGGUGCGAUCUUGGUCGACUGGUACUAUACCGAUGAUGCGGAGAACCCACACAACUGGUCGAAUAAAAAGCGAGCACUUCUGACGACGCUCAUUUGUCUGUAUACCUUUGUGGUAUACACGACCUCCGCAAUUUAUACAUCCUCUGUGUCUGGGAUCAUGGAGGAGUUUGGCGUCAGUGACUUGGUUGCCACGCUAGGACUGUCAUUGUAUGUCCUUGGCUAUGGAACUGGACCCCUGGUCUUCUCGCCUCUCAGCGAGAUCCCCGUGAUUGGUCGAAACCCGGUCUAUAUUGUGACCAUGUUCCUCUUUGUUAUCCUCUCGAUCCCCACUGCCUUUGUGGGUAAUUUCGCUGGCCUCAUGGUGCUUCGAUUCCUGCAAGGAUUCUUCGGCUCACCGUGUCUCGCUUCUGGAGGUGCUUCGAUUGGAGACAUGUAUAGUCUCAUGUCUCUUCCUUAUGCUAUGAUGAGCUGGGUGUCUGCUGCUUACUGUGGUCCUGCUCUUGGUCCCCUCAUCAGUGGCUUCGCAGUUCCCGCCGAGACUUGGCGCUGGUCCCUGUUUGAAUCCAUUUGGAUGUCUGCUCCCGUCCUCAUCCUGAUGUUCUUCUUCCUCCCCGAGACUAGCAGUGCAACCAUCCUGCUCCGUCGUGCCGCUCGUCUCCGCAAGAUCCACAACAAUGAGCGCUUCAUGGCUCAGUCCGAGAUUGACCAGCGUAACAUGAAGGUCUCCGCCGUUGCCAUCGACGCCCUCGUCAAGCCUUUGGAGAUUACCAUCAAGGACCCCGCAGUGCUCUUCGUCCAGAUCUACACUGCCAUCAUUUACGGCAUCUACUACUCCUUCUUCGAGGUCUUCCCCCUGGUCUACCCCGUCGAUUAUGGCAUGAACCUCGGUCAGGUCGGCCUGGUCUUUUUGUGUAUCCUGGUGUCUUGCAUCAUCGGCAUUGCAAUUUACUUCUCCUACCUUUACUUCUGGAUGAACCCUCGCAUUGAACGCUUCGGGUUCCCAGCCCAGGAGUCUCGUCUUAUCCCCGCGCUGCCAGCUUCUAUUGGACCCACCAUUGGCUUGUUCCUCUUUGCCUGGACAGCCCGUGCCUCGAUCCAUUGGAUCGCUCCCACAAUCGGCAUUACCAUCUACGGUGCAACUGUCUUCAUCGUGAUGCAGUGCUUGUUUGUCUACAUCCCUCUGAGUUAUCCGAUGUACGCUGCUAGCCUGUUCGCUGCGAACGAUUUUUUCCGCAGUGCCCUGGCUUGCGGUAGUGUCUUGUUUGCUCACCCAUUGUUUAACAACCUCGGUGUCGCUCGGGGUACCAGUCUCCUCGGUGGUCUGAGUGUGAUUGGUAUUGUCGGAAUCUGGCUGCUUUACUACUAUGGUGCCCGACUUCGCUCUCUGAGCAAGUUUGCCCUCUCUGAUGAUUGA